AUGGGGAGCUUGGCAGUAGCCUCAUCGUCUUGGGAUUGGGUAUAUGUUGGGACCAGUGUGGUACCGGUCUAUGGUUCUGAAGACUUCCCUCCAGCUUCGGGUAUUGUCAUUAAGAAUGACCUGGCCGGGCAGAAAUUUCCAGUGGUAGCGUUCGUCCAGGACCAUACCAUCCGCGUUGCAACAGGCCUCUGUGAUGAAGGAGAGGAAGCCGACAAAUCGUCACUAUUGUUCUUCCCUAAAGCUACUGAAACUGAAGUCCCUGGAGAGCUGUGCUUUCUGCCCCGUACUGGUCUCUAUCCUUGUCUGAGAUUAGCAUCGAGUAAUGCCAACCAGCGGUCCAUAACUAUCCGCAACUUUUCGAUCUGGGACGUAGAAAGGACCAUCACCUUCCCUGAAGCGGUCCUCCCUCGAGGCCUCAGACCCCCGAUUAUCAGCAUGACCGCUACCCAACAUCAGAACGCCUGUGUCAGUACCAAGGAGAUCCGAGAGCGAGACCAUCCCGAAUCUCCCCUGCCCUCGAAGAUGGUCAGAGGGGUAGCUAAUGUCAUGGGGGAAGCGGCGGUCCGGAGCCGUGGUGGAGUGACCAAGCUGAGGGAAAGGGCCAGGAGCAGUGGUUUCGGCUUUAUGCUCAAUUCCCACAACGGCUCCUCAUCCGGACAGUCUCCUCGUCUAUCGAGGUCUGUUGUUGGCAAGUCCAAGGCACGUUCCCAUCCCCCGGGACGGCCAUUGUGCCGCGUCUUCUGUGGCACACUUGGCCUGACGUGUCCUGGUCCAGCGGGGCCACUCACCCUCUGGAGACCUUUCCAUGGCUCUCGUAUCAAUAAGCUAGGCGGUCCCGAGACUAUUGCUGUUGAUAACAAGGAAACCUCAACUGCACAGGCAGUGAUGGUCAUUGGUCGUCUCAAUGGGGACUUUCUAGUUGUUGGCGACGCUCAUACCGUCCAGUGGUACUCAACCGAGGAUCACCUCUCCGGUCUCGUGGAGCUCUACACGUACCAAGAAAGCUACUAUGACACCGUCAUGGACUGCUCAGGGACCAUCAGCUCGGCUGACUACGAGAUCCUGAUAGUUUCCCUGGCCACUGGAAUCAGCAACAGGCCCUUCUGGAUCCUCCAUGUCCACCACAUUAAGAAUGGAAUUGAGGUGUCGGAGCGCACCAAGGACCAUGCGCUUACUUCAACACUUAGCCGAGCUUUCGCCGAAAACUUUGAAGUGCCCGUCACUUGUGUAAAAUACCUACUACAUUACGACACUUGGGCGCUGAUAUUCGGCAGUAGAAUUGGCCUGUUCUCUUCCACGAGGUCUCAGUGGGUGGCCCUCGACUGGCCAUCUGUCGUGGCCCAGAAUGGUAUUCGAGGCAUCGCUGCCAUUCCACACAGUAACGAGCUCCUUGUCAUACCACACCACAGUAACAUCUUCUACGCCGUCAGUGACACGGACAUCCCCCAGGAGGCCAAUGGAGCAUUCAUCAGGCACGACUCAUACGUAUCGAUCCUUGAAGUAUUGAGGGACCCCUCGCGACUAGUCAGUGCUGAUGAAGCAGGAGUUCUCUUGGUGUGGCAUAUACCCAGUAGAGUUUGCCUCUGUUCCCUCGAUGGCCACUACAAUACUAGUAACUAUCGAUUCAAACCACUUGGUCCCUCCGGUGUCAUUCUUAGCUGUCAGCUCACUGACGACCCCAGAGACCUUAUCACCGUUGAUGUCUAUGGAGUAUGUAUCCGUUGGGAUAUGCUUACUUGCCGAGUCAGUCACCUCUGCCUGGUGGGCCGUGGUUCUAGUCUGGCUGGAUUCACCUCGUUUGGGGGUGUAGCGCGCGUGCGCCCUCACCGUACAAUCUCCCUGGCCGCUGAUGUCACUGUGGUCGGCUUUUGUGUCCUCAGACCAGCACGAGUGGCGCUGGUCUUGUCGGACGGUUCCCUGGAGAUCCACCCGAUCGAGCGAGGCGGAGAAGCAAGCCUCGCUGAGAUAUGGGCUGAGCUCACAGCUCUCAGCGACAGUGCGGCUUCCCUUACCAAAGGCGCGUACUCCUUCCAAUGCCGAGAUGCUGGUACACCCGGCUGGGUCCUAGCAACACUACUACGUACGCAGCCACGGCUUCUUCUGGACUGGCUCCCUGAUCACUGUACCACAAUCUUGCACUACUUGGCAGAGACAGAUAAUACGGCAGGAUUGGCUACUGCCUAUGCUGUCGCCGAGGAGUUCGGUAUUGAGCUCUCCUUCCGGCUUGACAGUCGACUCACGAGUACGCUGCUUAUCAGCCUCUCGAAUAAGUCCUUCAAGGCUGUUGAUGUACAGCUCGCGUACGCGACAUCCCUCUCGAGGCAUGGGGCAGGAUAUGUCUCGUCCCUGUUGACGCCAAUUCUGAUGGCCUCCACAUACAGGGCGGCAGAUCUUCCCUCAUUGCGAACCUUCUUAGACUCUCGCCUGAUGCCAACUGAUGGCAACCGCAAGGCCCCUGAGGUGCUUCCAUCGAGUGGAAGGCACGAGAUAACCUCCUGCAUAACUUCCUCCUACUACUCCCUCUCCGCCAAUGCUUAUGGCCUACCCCGCAAGGACUACUACCGAGCUCUCGGGAUACGCAAGCCCGAGUCAGACGAGUACACCACUGAAUCGAACAUUAGAGUGACCACAGGGGAUCAUCACGGUUUGGGUAUGCUAUUCGCUCAGAGCAAUAACCCCAUAUUAGGCUCAGAGGUCCACUUAGUUGGUGCUAUUGCUAUUCGUGAUCAGGUGCUCUGUCUUCCCAACGCGUCGUGGUCCCUCAAGUGGGACCUCUGGUUCUCCCAUCUCCCUGAUGACAUACUCACUUCCCCCACGAUGCGUUUGCUCUUUGCACACCAGUGGCAGGCUUUUGGUUGGGUAGCAUUCAUGACAGCCUUCACCCAGUGGCUUCUGUACGUUGCCAUCGGCACUAAGUACAUCAUCGACUACAACACCGACAGGGAUGGUCGUGAAGUCCUGGCCAUAAUCCUACUCGUCCUCUCAUUCGCCUACUAUGUGAAAGAAUUUCUGCAGCUUCGCAGAAUUUCCUGGCGAAGUUACUUGGAUGAUGCAACGAAUCUAUCACUUUUGUCAGCCGUGACGAUGAUGGUCGCUCUCAUCAUAUUUGACUUUGCGACCGAUUACGACUUCCACGAGCACUGGAGAGAUCACAUAUCGAUCUCGCAGUACGCCUCAAUUACCAUGAUUGUUCUUCUUAUCAACAGUGUCACGAUGUUCCGAGGCUUCGAGAAUUUAGCCUGGAUGUUCCGCCUAGUCGUCGAGGUUACCUACUCGGUGCGCUGGUUUUUCGUCAUGCUCACUGUCUUUGUAUUGUCUUUCAUGCUUGCUGUAUGGGUUGUAGACUAUCCAGUAGACAAUACCCAAUCCACUUUGGGUGGGCCGAUGGUCCAUUCCAAGCCAGGCAGUAUUGGACGAAUAUGGAACUACUUUCUCUCUGUAUACAGGAUAGGUCUUUUGGGUGACACCAUGGAAAGCCAGAUCGAUAACAUGAGGGGUUCUAACUACCUAUGGUUCAUAUUCGUGGUCACGACCUACACUAUCAACAUAACCCUCCUCAAUCUCCUUAUUGCCAUAAUGUCUAGUAGCUAUGAGGAUAUAUCAUCACGCGCAGCGGUCAUGGUCUCUCGGGAGCGUUGGGCUAUGCUGGGCGAGACUGAGUUUUCAUCGGCUGGUGUGUCGAACUGGAUACUCAGUUGGUUUGGUCGUAGUGUUGUUACCGAGAAACGGUAUCCGCGCUAUCUCGUGGCUAAUUUCCCCGCUCAAAGUGAUGAUCCUCCAACGAAAGCUGAUAAUUUAGCCGCCGAUCAUCCCCUAGCAUUAGCACGGCGCAUGUAA